CAGCAUAUGAGUCAUUGCGUUGUAUAAAUAUGCCUCAUCAAUAAAACAAAUCCAUUAUUAGCAUAAGUUGAUCUUUCCAUUCAGUACAAUCGAUUAUACUCGUUCCCGGGAAUGGGCUUCCACAAAGUGGCACAGUUUGCAAUCCACGUAGCUCUGGCUGCAGUUUUAUCCUUCCAUGUGAUUGAAAGUAAAUCGACCAUGGAACAGAUGGCCAAAGCGAGUGAAAUGAUGCGUAAUGUGUGCAUUGGGAAAACGAAAGCUCCCGUCGACCUGAUUGACGGGCUAGGGAAAGGUGAAUUCGCCGAGAACAAGGAACUCAAAUGCUACUCUAACUGUGUACUGGAAAUGAUGCAGGCGAUGCGAAAAGGCAAAGUUAAUGCCGACGGAGCCAUUAAGCAAGUUGACCUGCUCAUCCCACCGGAAAUAGGGGAACCAACCAAAAAGGCAUUCGAUAUGUGUCGAAAUUCUGGUGAUGGAAUCAAGAACGGAUGUGAUGCUGCUUGGGCGCUGGUCAAAUGCCUACACAAGAAUAAUCCCAAGUUUUUCUUUGCUUGAGAGGGAUUCCACGUAGAGAGGUUUGCCAACAGGCUGGUUGUAAGUGGUCCUACAAAUACAUUGCGUCAUUAAUUGUUAGUUUCUUAGGUAUACCUAUUACGAAUUGUAAAAAUAUAGUUAAUAAGUUGCAACCAUGAAUAAAACAUGACCAAAAAGACA